AUGAGUGUUGGAAACGAAGAAAAAGCGAGGUCAGGAUCGAGAGCUGCACAAUGGGUGCAAAUUGAGAUUGGAAAAAAAACCCUUGUCGAGGUUGCUAAGAUUGACAAACCUCUCGGGCUCAUGGUGAUUGGUGGAGUAGACACCCCUUUGGGCGCCGUGGUCAUCCAUGAUGUGUUCCCAGAUGGAGCGGCUGCCCUUGAUGGACGUCUUCGCCCGGGCGAUCAAGUUCUAGAGGUUAACGGGCUCUCGUUGCGUGGGGUGACUCAGGAGUGGGCAGACUCGUUUCUACGUCGGACACCUGCGAAAUUUAAUGUGCGCCUUCUGAUAUAUCGACAGGCAAAUCUCCAAGACGCGCUUGGUGAUCCCGCUCAGGUCUAUGACAUUUGUGAAGUAAAACUUGUGAAGAAACGAGGAAAAGGGUUGGGCCUGAUGAUUUCUGGUCGAAUAUGUGGCUCAGGUGUCUAUGUAAGCAAAGUCUUCAAAGGAGGAACGGCUGGUGCCAGUCGUCGAGUUUUUAUCGGAGACCAGAUUCUUGCGGUCAAUUGGAACGACGUGGCUGCUCACACCCAAGAAGAAUUGGCAAUUAUACUGAAGGUUUUUGUUGGAAAGUUGACAGUAAAAUUGGGACGCUGGAAGAUCGCGGAAACUGUUGAUAAAAUU